UUAUUUUUUAUAAAGCUCCCAGAUCAUAUUAAGAAGUUUGACUGCGCGUCAUGGCUAAUUGUAUGUGUUGAAAUCCAUGACCACCAUGACUAUAGAACACUGCAAACAAGUCCAUAGAUUAACACCACCCUUGCCUAUAAAACUUCAUGCUCUUCUGCUAUUCAAUUCACAGAAACAAAAAUUACUUAUAAUUCAUCAUACCAAAGCAAUGAAGAUCACAUUUUUUGCAUGUGUCCUUCUCUUUGCCUUGAUCUCACAACAACCGCUGCUUCAAUCAGCUGAAGCUUUACCUGAACAAGUGGUUGACACAUCCGGGAAGAAGCUUCGACCCGGCAGCAAUUACUACAUCAUCCCGGCAUCUUCUCGUAUUGGAGGCCUUGGCCUUACUAGCACAAGCAAAGAAUAUUGCCCGCUCGAUGUUGUGGCUGUGCGUGGUUUCCGAGGCCUACCUUUGGUGUUUAAACCUCUCGACACAAAGAAAGGUGUUGUUCGUGUCAAUAGCGAUCUCAAUAUCUAUUUCGCUACAGAAACAAGUUGUCCACAAUCCACAGUGUUGAGUGUGGACCACUAUGAUCCUCCAAGUCAGCUGUGGUUUGUAACCACCGGUGGUGUUUUGGGGAAUCCGAGCUCGGAUACCCUGUCCUAUUGGUUCAAGAUUGAGAAGUAUGAGGAAGCUUAUAAACUUGUUUUCUGCCCAAGUGUGUGCCCCAACUGCAGUUAUCAAUGCAGGGACAUAGGGAUACAUGAGGAUCAAUAUGGCAAGCGUCUUGCUCUCAAUGAUGUGCCGUACAAAAUUCGUUUUGAGAAGGCUUGAAGCUCCAACUAAUAUAAUGUCUAUUUCUUUAUGAAUAAGUGUAAUUCACAGGUUUUUAAACAAGGUUGCUUGAAGUUAUACGUACUUCAUAUGUGGUUGCUUGAA